GGCGGCCGAGCCGGAGCAACAUGGCGCCGGUGGGCGGGGGCGGGCGCCCGGGCGGCGGGCCGGCCCGAGGGCGCCUCCUCCUGGCGGCGGCGCUGGUGCUGCUGUGGGCGCGGGGGGCCGGGGGCCAGGGCGACCCCCAGCGAGCGGCGAUCCUGGGCAUGAGGCUGGCGAGCUGCAACAAGUCGUGCGGGAUGGACCCGGAUGGCAUCAUCUUCGUGUCCGAGGGCAGCACGGUGGUCCUGAGGCUCUACGGCCACCGGCUGGGCUCCAUCUCCAGCAACCUCAUUUCCUUCACCGAGCUGGACAGCUACGAGAGCUCCCACAACUCCACCAGCUGCCCCGAGCUCACCAAGGACCUGGUGGUGCAGCAGAUGGUCAACGUGAGCCGCGGCAACACGUCCGGGAUGCUGGUGGUGCUCACCAAGUUCCUGCGGAGGAGCGAGAACAUGAAGCUGUACGCGCUGUGCACCCGCGCCCGGGCCGACGGGCCCUGGCAGCGCUGGAUCGACAAGGACUCGCUGCUCUACAUGGUCGAGGAGGCCGGGCGCUUCCUGCCCCUCUGGCUGCACGUCCUCCUCAUCCUGGUGCUGCUCGUGCUGUCCGGCAUCUUUUCUGGCCUCAACCUGGGCCUCAUGGCCCUGGACCCCAUGGAACUGCGCAUCGUGCAGAACUGCGGUACCCAGAAGGAGCGGCGCUAUGCGCGCAAGAUCGAGCCCAUCCGGCGCAAGGGCAACUACCUGCUCUGCUCGCUGCUCCUGGGGAACGUGCUGGUCAACACGUCCCUCACCAUCCUGCUCGACAACCUCAUCGGGUCCGGCCUCAUGGCCGUGGCCUCGUCCACCAUUGGCAUUGUCAUCUUCGGGGAGAUCUUACCCCAGUCCCUGUGCUCCCGGCACGGGCUGGCGGUGGGGGCCAACACGAUCAUCCUCACCAAGUUCUUUAUGCUCCUCACCUUCCCCCUCAGCUUCCCCAUCAGCAAACUCCUGGACUUCGUCCUGGGCCAGGAGAUUCGCACCGUUUACAACCGGGAGAAGCUGAUGGAGAUGUUGAAGGUGACCGAGCCCUACAAUGACCUGGUGAAAGAGGAGCUCAACAUGAUCCAGGGCGCCCUGGAGCUCCGCACCAAGACCGUGGAGGACAUCAUGACGCAGCUCCACGACUGCUUCAUGAUCCGCAACGAUGCCAUCCUGGACUUCAACACCAUGUCGGAGAUCAUGGAGAGUGGCUACACCCGCAUCCCCGUCUAUGAGGACGAGCAGUCCAACAUCGUGGAUAUUCUGUACGUCAAAGACCUGGCCUUCGUGGAUCCCGAUGACUGCACGCCCCUCAAGACCAUCACCCGCUUCUACAACCACCCCGUGCACUUCGUCUUCCAUGAUACCAAGUUGGAUGCUAUGUUGGAGGAGUUCAAGAAGGGGAAGUCCCACCUGGCCAUCGUGCAGAAGGUGAACAACGAGGGUGAGGGCGACCCCUUCUAUGAAGUGCUGGGCCUGGUCACGCUGGAGGACGUCAUUGAGGAGAUCAUCAAAUCCGAGAUCCUGGAUGAGUCUGAUAUGUACACUGACAACCGGAGCCGGAAGCGGGUGUCCGAGAAGAACAAGCGCGACUUCUCGGCCUUCAAGGAUGCAGACAACGAGCUCAAGGUGAAAAUCUCCCCUCAGCUGCUCCUGGCUGCGCAUCGCUUCCUGGCCACAGAGGUGCCCCAGUUCAGCCCCUCUCUGAUAUCGGAGAAAAUCCUGCUGCGGCUGCUCAAGUACCCAGACGUCAUCCAGGAGCUCAAGUUCGAUGACCACAACAAGCACUUCGUCCACCACUACCUGUACACGCGGAACAAGCCGGCCGACUACUUCAUCCUCAUUCUGCAGGGCAAGGUGGAGGUGGAGGCGGGGAAGGAGAACAUGAAGUUCGAAACGGGCGCCUUCUCCUACUACGGCACCAUGGCUCUGACUGCGGCCCCCUCAGCGCCUUCAGCCCAGGCCGGGUGUCCGCCUGGCAAGCGGAACUCCCUGCUGUCCUGGCUCUCAGACCGCUCCCCGUCCCACACCACCCCGCUCAGCCGGUCCGCCUCCCUCAGUUACCCGGACCGCACAGACAUCUCCAGCCCAGUUCCCCUGGCAGGCAGCAGCAACCAGUUUGGCAGCUCCAUCCUGGGCCAGUACAUCUCUGACUUCAGUGUCCGGGCGCUUAUGGAUCUCCAGUACAUCAAGAUCACCCGGCAGCAGUACCAGAACGGGCUGCUGGCCUCCCGCAUGGAGAACUGUCCUCAGCUGCCCCUGGACGGCUGCACCAUUUGCACAGAGAACAUGGCUGAGAAGUCUGAGCUGCCCGUGGUGGACGAGACCACGGUUCUUCUCAACGAGCGCAACUCCUUGCUACACAAAGCUUCCCACGAGAGCACCAUCUGACAGGAGGGCCCGGGGUCCCCCGCCCACCCUGCGGGGGCCUCCCCAGUGGGCCCGUCUGAAGAUAGGGAGCCUGAGAGGCGAGAAGGGGAUGCAGACCGCCCCUCUGACGUGGAGGCCAAGGGCCUUCAUCCGGCAGGGGGUCUGGCCUCUGACAGGGACCUCUGAG